AUGGAUGGAGACUAUAAGGAUGAACCUCCAACUCCACCCGAUUUAAAAACCGAUGAUGAGGAAAGUAAUGAACUUCUUGUAUCCGAUUUUGAUACUGAAGAAGAUUUAGAAAUAAUUUUUUCAAAUACCAUGGACGAACAACUAUAUUCUUUGGUUCAAAUUAUCAAAUGCCUAGAUGAACGUCUAACCAAUCAUCAAAACCUCGAAGAUAAUGAAAUAGAAUUAAUCCUUCAUAUUGAACAGGAUCAAUCUCUUGAACUAUCUCUAUUUUCACUCGAAAUACUCAAUACAUACUUAUCGGAUAACAAAAAAGAAACAAAUCCAUUCUUUUCAGAUGAAAUUUGUGAUACAUUACAGACAAUAAUAGAAAACUCCCAUGAAAUGGAGAAAAUUUAUGCUUCACUAAAGUGCGCAAAUUCAAUGACACAAGGACAAGGCCAAAAUCAUUUCAAAUUGAAUUUUGAUUUUAUUUUGUUAGUCGUUUCGCGCGGUUUUGAGAUAGUUAUGACUGAAGGAUUAGACUAUAUACACAAUGACAAUAUACAAAUUUGCUGUUUAUCAAUACUUUCAAAAUUAGCAAAUAUCCAAUUUCCAAACGAAGCAGUUGAAGCAUUUGGAACUAAAAUAGUACCAUAUUUAAAGAAUUGCCUUGACAAUGAUGCUACUUGUACCAUCACAAUCGAGUUAAUUACAACAUUAAUUCAAAAAAAUUUAAUCAAAUGGCUCAAAUCUUUGAUAAUCCAGAGUUUCUUAUAG